AUGCCCGGUGUGCCAAAUGGACGGGCCUGUGAUGGGUGUCGCAAACAAAAGAAAAAGUGCGACGAGAAACAGCCGACCUGCGGCCGAUGUCUUCGCCUCAAACUAACCUGUGUGGGGUCCGGUCAGCAGAGAUAUAAAUUCAAACAAGAGCAUCGAUUUUCGUCUCAAUCCAACCAAAAUCAGAUCAUAAAAUUCGACUCACCAAACUCGAGUGGAAACCGCACUCCUCCUUUUGAAAUCCCCCAAACAUGCCCCGGUAAUAAUAUCACAUUCCUGACCGGAUCGUUUGUUGGCGCUAUCAAACGGACCAAUGAUCUUCGGUACAACCUAUGGUGGUCCUUUGGUAUCUUUCUUGAGGAGGUUCCUCGACGUAUUGGCACCAACGAAGCACUUGACCGCGCAGUUGACGCGUUGGCAACUGCACAUGCAAGUUUUUGUUCCCGCCGAUCGGUUUCAAUAGAGGCUUUAUCCAAAUACUCUUCGGCUCUUAAAACUUUGAGAAUCUAUUUGGAUGACCCCAUCCAAGCAAUCUCUUCCAACACACUAUGUGCGGUUAUGAUCUUAUUGCUGUGUCAAUCAUUCCACGGGCAGAAUGGGCGAACAAUUACAGGCCACGCACAGGGUGCUUCCAACAUUCUCCGGGCCCGAAAGCAUUUCGGACCCCGUGAUGAAUUUGAGCAAAAGUUAUUCCUCUCGCUAAGGGGCAGUGUUCUGUUUGAGGGCUUAUAUAAUGACGCCAUCGACCUCAGUUCCGAUGAAUGGGAUGCCUUGGUGAUAAACGACUUUGAUCAAGAUCACCCCGAAGGCCGUAUCCUACGAUGCCUAGCUAAGGCUCCCGUCUUAAUCAAACGUGGCAAACAAGCCAAGAUCAAUAUGCAAGAUCUACGGCCUCCGGCAAAAGAGGUCCAGCCAAUAUAUGAGGAGUGCAAGCUAAUAUUGAAGGACCUGAAAGCAAGGAAAGUUGAUUGCGAAUCAUCUGAUCUUGGCAACAACAUGGCGACAUUCAUAACGCGGUUAUUACAGGCCCAUUAUCUCCGCACUUAUGGCAUCGGGCUCGGAAUUACCCUGUUUUUCAACUGCAUGCUUCAGGCACUGGACCCCGGGGACUAUAUCUACAGUACAGAAUCACGGUCGCUCGUCGAGGAGACACUCUUGCAUGCCCAGGAGUCCAACAUGUUCAGGCCUGUUGGAGCAGGCUACAAUUUAAUGUGUCUAGCGGCAGCAUGGGCUGCUACCACGGACUCCCAACUACGACUACAGGUCGAGGCAUCCAUGUUUGAUUAUUAUGGAGAUUUCUCAGUCAACAAUCGUCCCUAUCUAUACGAGCACUUGGAAUUGGCAAGAGACAACUUAUGGCUUGGUUCACCUAUAGUACCAAGAGUUGAUUAA